UCCAUAAUGGAAGGUGCUUGGUAUAAUAUUAUCAGCUUUAGUACAAUGAUUAAGUAAACUAAUUACAAAACCAAAUUAACAAUGAGAAAAGUAGUAUACCAUCUCUUGAAGGUCACUAAGUCCUGUUUAAGCUGACAUAAGGACACUCGUCACUUAUGCUCCUAAUCUGGAGUUUAUAUAAGCUCACUAUAACUCUGUCGUUAGAAUUAAGUUUUUAUGUAAUCCCAAGCUAAAAAGUUAUGGCAGGAGCACAGGAAGAUGUACACCCGCAGAAGGCAUUUGGAUGGGCUGCUAGAGACUCUUCUGGAGUCCUCUCCCCUUUCAACUUCUCUAGAAGGGCAACAGGAGAGUUGGAUGUGACUUUCAAAGUGUUGUAUGUUGGAAUUUGUCACUCAGAUCUUCACUUUAUUAAGAAUGAAUGGGGAGGUAGUGAUUUCAUAGAUGCCUCCUACCCUGCUGUCCCCGGGCAUGAGGUGGUAGGGGUGGUUACAGAAGUAGGGAAAAAGGUAAAGAAACUGAAAGUAGGGGACAAAGUUGGGGUAGGAUGCAUGGUAGGAUCAUGCCGUUCGUGUGAUAACUGUGACAAGAAUCUUGAGAAUUACUGCCCAAAGAUGUUGCUAACCUAUGGAUCAACUUACUAUGAUAGCACCCCUACAUAUGGUGGUUACUCUGAUAUCAUGGUUGUUGAUGAGCACUUUGUUGUUCGUAUUCCUGAAACCAUGGCUCUCGAUGCUACUGCCCCGCUUCUAUGUGCUGGCAUCACUGUCUACAGUCCUCUGAGAUACUAUGAGCUAGAUAAACCUGGAAUACAUGUUGGUGCUGUUGGUCUUGGUGGUCUAGGCCACAUGGCUGUCAAAUUUGCUAAGGCUUUCGGGGCUAAGGUAACUGUUAUUAGUACCUCGCCUAACAAGAAGGAUGAAGCUGUUAACCGCCUUGGUGCUGAUUUCUUUUUGGUCAGUCGUGACCCUGAACAAAUGCAGGCAGCCACAGGGACAAUGGAAGGCAUAAUCGAUACAGUUUCGGCACCUCAUCCUCUAUUACCAUUGAUCAGUUUGCUGAAAACUGGUGGAAAGCUGAUCACGAUUGGUGUUCCAGACAAACCACUUGAGUUGCCGGUCUUCCCUUUGAUUAUGGGGAGAAAGAUGGUGGCCGGAAGCGGCAUUGGAGGGAUGAAAGAGACACAGGAAAUGAUUGAUUUUGCUGCAAAGCAUGAUAUUAAAUCGGAAAUUGAGGUAAUUCCAAUGGAUUAUGUGAACACGGCCAUGGAGCGUCUACACAAGGCGGAUGUUAGAUACCGUUUUGUCAUUGACAUCGGCAACACUCUCAAAGCCGCAUGAACCCAAUCCGAUCACUUCAUCAUGAGUUAAUUAAGUGAAAAUGAUUACUCAUUAGACUGAUCAUUCCUUGUACUUAUCAUAUAUGAAUGUAUAUUAUGAUAUCAAUUCAAUAAAUGGUUCACGAGUUUAGCAA